GUUGCUGUUGGCUGCCGAAGAUGCCAAGCGCAAGCAUCAAGCCAGCCAAACCCCAAGCCGCCAAGCUAGCUUCCUAGCGUAUUGACCGAAAGCCACAGCAAGUGAUGUCCGGCUGUUGGUUUCAUUUGGCGUAAGAUUCCCCCCUCCCCUCUUUUUUUUUUUUUUUUUUUUUACCCUUAAAGUUAGACGUUUAUCGGGGAAAACACCCAGCUCCCGACCCGUGAUGCGCCAUGGUGUGUAAAGAAGAGAUAUAUGCAUGGUUUAAACAGCUCAAUGGAUCCGUAAGGAUAGACACUAUGUGCGGCUUGCUCAAUUUGUGCUUACCCUUGGAACUGCGAUUUUUGGGGACAUGCAUCGAAGACUUAGCAAAUAAGGACUACAGUUACUUCAGAGACGCCGAGCUGCGGGCGAACAAUUUGAGUGAGGUGUCCAAGUAUACCAACGUGAGGGACGCUGUGACCAGGAGCAAACUGCUCACGACGCUGGCCCUGUUGUAUGGCUGCAACCCCAGCUGCUCACAUGCCAUCUUCGAAGCCUUGGCCGAGGAAAUGAAGGCUGCCAAGCCCGAAUUGUACGAUGUAAAGACUCUCGAGGAGAUGCUGCUGCUUUUCACGAUGGCCACACACCAUCCUUCGUUCAGCUUUGAUGAACGCACGGAGCUGGUCAAGUACCGCGAAAGGCUGGAGAACAUGUGCCAACCUCAGGGCCUCUCUGUGCCGCCUCCCAUGGAGAACUUCAUGCUGCCGUGCCUGCCCUAUUCACCGUACCCAGUGCCCUUCCUACCGCCGUGCCCAGUGGCCACCGAUACAGCACCCUGCACAGUUCCUCUUCAAACUCGCACCAGCCCCACAGCACGACUCUCGGGCGUGGAGGCAAAACCCGAGCCACAGCGCAGGAAGUCCGUGAAGCUGAAUCUCCAGUGGUCAGACCGUCAUCAGACAGAGAUUGUGCGCUCAUUUCAAGAGAUCUCUGGGCUCUCUCAAAAGUUGUCCCGCUUGAGUGCGUCGGAUCCAUCGAGUCAUGGCAAAAGUAUUCCCCAGUUGCCAGCUUGCAUUGAAAAGAAUGAAGAAGCAGAUGGGAUGUAUGUUGAACUCACCGAGUACUUCAACUGCGUCGCACGUCUGCCACCAAGCUACCUGGACAACGAACUGGUGGCGUCGUUCUUCCAGCCUCCUCAGCAGGCGUGUUCCAAGCCAGCUUUUGCAGCCUCUGCCGUGGCUGCGCCCUUGACCCCGAUGGCCGAGGGCAUGCCCAACUGCUCUUCCCCCGGCGUGCCCAUAGUUCCUGCUCAAGAAGACCCGCGUGCGGGGCUGCUGGCCUUUUACAGCGAAACGCCGGCGCCUUCCGCACUGCCCGUGCCUCCUCCCGGCACUCCCAUGUUGCCUGUUUGCCAUCCCAACUCACCGCUACUGCCUGGAGCCAGCAACAGCAAUUCGCACAUGACAAGGCCCGAGCUGACGGCGUGGCCAAAUGCGUCGCCGCUGUCUUCAACGCCGGCAUCGCCUUACGAAUCUCCACCCACGUCCGGCAGCAGCUCCCGUGCUACGUCCCCCUGGACGGGCAGCGGACCUCGUCUGCCACGCAACUGGGACAGCCAGGUGCCAGCAGCAACAACCCCAACUUCUGUGGAUGAACUUUUACGCAGAGCUCCCUUUAAGAAACAUGCAGCUGCCUUCAAGGACUGCUGCACCUUGGAAGAGAUUCUAUUUCUCAACGAGGAUGGCUUGAGGCAGCGAGGGCUGUCACCAUCACUGUCCAGGAGACUGCUCAAAGAAAUUGCUUCUCUAAAGCAGCUGUACCACAGCAAUGGGGUGCUGAGCGGCCACCAAGCCCUUCCGGGAGUGGCCACCACGUUCAGUCCUGCCGGUGGGGAAAGCUCCACCACCUCAUGUUCGUCAGAGUGCUCCAGCCCCUCUCCCCCACCGGCCCUCAAGGCAGUUCGGACCCAGAGUCCUGCCAGCUCGGGCUCGGAUGAGGGCGCCCAGCAGGCAAACGGUAUCUCCAAACGGCCGGCGGCAGUCCGAGGAGCCAGCGAUGGGAGCUGGCACGGGGGUGCGUGUGCGGCCGUGCCGGAGCCACCCCGGGUGGGCACGCAGCCCCCGUCGGUGGCCCCAUUCCGCUACGGGCCUCCGGGCUCGCAGACGGUGAUGCUCGAGCCCCCUCCACGUUUCUUUGUGCUUGCGGACCGGGCGGCGUACUCGGCACACCCGCCGCGUGCCGCGGUGGCUCCGCUGCGCAACAUGGCGCCGCCCAGCAAGGCGGGCAGUUCGGACAUGGCUCCGCCAUCGGUCAACACUGCGGUGACGACGGCUACCACCGCGGCUUACGGAGGACCGGUGUACUUUGGUCCCGCGAGCAUGUUCCCCCAGCACUCAUACCCCUCGUUCCUCCACACGGCACCCGGCGUGUCGCACCCCAAUAACGGCUACCUGUCGAGUUUUCCCUUUCUGACGACGGGUGGGUUCACGGCACCGCCCACAACGGUGAGUGCCGCAUACGUCCCUCUAGGAAACUUUGCAGCCCCCGCUACGGCGUUAGUGGUGCCUCUCGCCGCGGGACCCAAGGUGGCCACCUGCUACAACUGCGGCCUGAGUGGCCACCGAGGUCACGAGUGCAAGGAGGCCGGCGUGGAGGACGGCAGCAACAAGCCACCACCCCCCGGCCAAUACCGGCUCAACUUUAAAUGGAGCAACUCUACGCCUCCAGACCCACAGCCCUGAGGAUGGCCUGUCUGGGGCUGGUGCUCAGUCAAGGGGCAGACCGGCAAGAAUGGACUGCCCUUUCUAGUGUACAUAGUUGUACUCUGCAAGUGCUCCUUCUCUUCUUCAUCUCAGACUGUGAGAGAGGAAGAGGACCUCUGCAACCACCUAGUUUUCUGUUCCAGCUCUUUCACGCCUGUCGCUGCAGGAAGUUGACCAGCCAGUCCCCCAGUCGUACGACGUUUCAUAUUUUAAUGUUUCACGAUGCUCUCACUGAUGUGGCUCCGAGGGUAUGCUUUUAUUGCAUUGUUUCCACGUUCCGUUUAUCCCGAGAAGUGUCUCUAGAUUAAUUUCUUCCUCUGCCUUUGCCAAAGGGAAAGGUCAAGAGCUUUAUCUGUUGGCCUCCCCACAAAUACGGCACAAUACGAUAUCUGGUUCUGUCUACAGACCAUUGCGAACGCUAGUGUUAAGGGUUAUUUACACUUUUUUGCACAGCGAUAGUGCUGUCGUAGUUUUAUUGCCAGCUUUUAUUAGUUUGUAUCUUUUUUUAGCAAUAUUUAUUAGAACAUUGCCUCCUGCUCCCCCGUCUCUGAUGCAAGAAUCGUGUGGGUGGAAACUUGCUCUCCACUUUUUUAGCUGCGAAGACUGGAGCGCUUCCUUGUGCGUGAGUACCUUUUUUUAUUGGGAUCAUAAAGCAAUUUUAUUCUCAGUGUCCCUUCCUUCUGGAGUGCGAGUGAAAGGCAUCCUCAAGGCAUGUGAUUGUGGGGACUGGGUUGGCCAUGUUGAAUUCCAAGUGUCGUUGGAAUUACUUAACCAUGUCACUCAGCUUGAGAAAUAUUAAAUGGUGUAACUAAAGGGCUGUGCCCCACAGAAGGCAAUCUAUGCGAACAAUGUGUUUGUUGCAAUCUCUCAUGGUCGUCUCUCUGGGGGGUAUUUCUUUUUAAUGCGUCGUGAGCGACCGGAUAGGAAAGUGUUGGAAGCUGUUUUUUGAGCCUGUUGGUGUUUGUCUAGUCAGGCCUGGAUGACGAUUGUUCUCACUUCCGCUUGAUUUUGAUGCGAGUGUUUUGAUGCUGUCCAACUGUUCAGAUCAAAUAUUUUUUUGUGAGGAGGGCUGUUUUGUACAAUACUUCUACAAGUGACAGUGGUUGAAAACAUGUGAGAUUCAAUGAGUUGCUUAAAUCGUUAAGUUGCACCAAAACUUCCCUCCAGUUCCAGUACAAGCAGCCACAUUUGUUUGGUCUGAGAGUGCAUUAAUUUUGGCAUGACCACUCGGACUUUGCUUCAGAUGUCUGGCGUCUUAUUCAAUGUUUUCUUUAAAGUCCUGCCUUUUAGCAGCAACCUUUUUUUUUUUUUGUUGUUGUUGUUGCUGAAAACUGGAGGAUCUCAUCUCCACUGUGGUGUAAUUACAAAUUAUCUGCGGUUCUAUUACUUUUUGAAUGCUUCGGCACUUGUAGAUCGUGGCCGCAAACUUGAUGCAGAAUGAUUCAAAUAUUUGUGGUGCGCCUUUUGUUUCAAGGGCUUGGUACGGUGGAUGGUCACAUGACUACCAGCUUGUUGCCUUUCUAUACACAGCCAUGUAUUUUUGCAGACCUGGUAAAUGGCAGCUUGCAGUGUGCCAAAGAUUGACUUGCUCGUCAAAUCCUGGCUCUUGGGCUUUACAAGGCCACUUAUCUCUGUCAAACCUGCUACAUAUAUUUGUUUCGCCGCUGUCGCGUUGUGGAAUAUGGGGGGCGGAAUAGGCUACAAUUGCCCCCAAUUGCUUUAUGAAAGGUAGAAACUUGAUUUACUGAAAUGGACUUUUCUACACCCAUAUGGGAGUGGAAUAGAAAAAAAAACUGUACAUCUUUAAAACCAACUUAACAAGCUUGUCCUUGCUGAACAAAUGGUGCAGGAGUAUGAACCUCAUGUAAAUGGAGAGAAAAAGACCGGUGCUUACGGAUAACAUACGCACUCUGUUUAUGCUGCACAUUGUCGCUGCAGCCAUGUUGAAGCAUAUCCAAUGUCAAGCUGAUCAAGGAAUGCUCUCAUUACUUCGUUGAGUUGAAUUGGGUUUCAGCGUCCAUAGCAAAUGUUGACCAUUGAGGUUCUUGUGCAGCAUUGUUGAGAGAGUGUAGCAUACGUAUGCAGCACAGCACAAUCUGUGUGGAGCACUGCUAGUGGAUUGUAAAACCAAUCGAAUGAGGUGUGGGAAGGAUGAAGUACUUUUGCAUAUCAUAAGUCUCUCCAUGUUCGGCUUAUUAUCUGCCCUGUAACCAGGCAGAAAGCGACAGCUGAAACGUUCCACUUACGCAUUCUUGAUGCAGUAAAGCUGCAAUGAAUGAAGGAACCUUGGCAGAAGGCAUGCAUCCAUUUUUUUGCCUAUGUAAAUGCUGAUAUACUUUAUGAACGAAUCAACUGUGAUUAAACAAUCCGAUUCCAGUUC